AUCAUGUAACUGUAACGACAGUUCACCUCACCACAGUCACAUUACAGUUACAGUUUCAUGAGAUGAAAUUUAAGCUUGACAUGGAAAAUUGGGAUAUAAAAAAGCAGAGUGUAUGUGAGUAUGUGUUUUCAACAGGAGGCGCAGUGCCUCUCAUCGAGUAAAAUGUCUGUUUCUGCUUGAGCCGCGUUUCUUCCUGCUCUGACGCUGGGCUGCCCUCCAUCAGAAACUAAAACAAAGAUGACAAGGCCGCUACUUCUGUGCAUGUGUCCGGAUCAGGGAGUCGUAGGAUAUCUCCAAACAUCAUAUUAGCACACAAACCCGGCUGGUACUGGAGUGUCAACACGAUACAUUCCCGCCUGAAGUAGUCAGUCGGCGGCGGCAUGUCGCUGAGCUCAGGCGGGUGGACUCUCACACCUCCGCCGGCCCAGUCUUCAUCGUCUCAUGUCGGCCAGGAGGCCUCACAGUCGGCCUGCAGCACUGUUCUGAUGUCGGUGAAGGUGUCAGUAUGCCACUCGGGUAUACGACCGCUUUGUCUCCCCGGGGCCGGAGACGAUUCUCUCCGUCUACAGCUGAGCAUGGACCCGGGGAAGGCAGGGGAAUUCCGCCUCGCGUUACGGGACAUCAGCGGAACAGCGGCUGGACGCAGCGUGUCUGUUGCUGAGUUCGACCUCAAGACUGUUUUCUAUGAAGUCAAGUCCCCACAGUGCCAUGAACUGAGUUUGGCAACACCACCACACGAUCGUAUCACUUUCAACUUCCGCUGUGAGCAGGAAGCACAGGAGUGGGCCACUGUGGUGAUGUCAUCACUCCGUGAGGCACACAGAGUGGCGAUUUGUUCCUCCACUGAAGAAAGACCGCCACCUCCUCAGCCUCUGGAUACGCAGAGCAGUGGACCCAUGCCACACACAGAGGAGAUAUGUGCGGAGCUGGUUAGCGCAAUAGAGGCAGGUGAUGUUCGGGCGGCAUCUGUCUGUGCAUCGUCUUUAGCCAAACAGAAAGCUGCCCUGAGCAUUCAGCCAUCUAAACGAAAUUACACAGACACUGAAAUUAGCCUGGCUGUGGUAGUAGAAGAUGCAUCCUCUUCCUGUUGUGUCACAGUGAAAGUCAUCCCUCACUCCACAAUUGGUGCUCUCAAACAGCAGGUCUUCACAGACUAUGGUUUUCAUCCGCGCGUGCAACGCUGGGUCAUUGGCCAGUCUUUGUGCUCUGAUCAUCGCUCUCUGGCUUCUUACGGAGUUCAGCAAGAUGGCGACACUGCAUUCCUUUAUCUAAUUUCUGCCCGUCAGGCCCGUCUCAGUAGCGGGCUUUACCAACAAGAUCAGGAAAGUGCUUUGCUCAUGCCGGCUUUGGUGUCAACGACUAAUCAGCCCCACCAAGAAGCAGUUACCAAUGGGCCAGCACUGAACACAGCCUCAAGACCAUACAGCACCCUGCCUACAAGACUUCAUAACAGCCAUAAUACCCUGAGUGACAGUGCGGGAGGUACAGAGAGGUUAGGUUUGGGUGAAAUUCGUGAUCUCAUCAACCUUGAGCUGCCGCAUUUGAAUGAAGCCCUGGCGCCCAACAGAACAAGCACACAGCUGGGAUGGGCCUGCCCAACCUGUACAUAUAUUAAUAAACCGACACGUCCCGGCUGUGAAAUGUGUAGCGCAGACAGACCUAAAGGCUACACCGUUCCCGGCAACUACAGACCAGAUGCUCUGGAGCUAAGACGCAUUCAACAGGAAAAAAAAGCAAUAAGGCAGUACCAACAGGCCAGAGAAGCAGAACGCAGAGAGAACUUUGCACGUCUGGUGCGGAUAGACGGACAGGAUCUGGUUCCUAACCCAGAGAGAGUGGAGUGCAGGAUCUGCUAUGUGGAGCUUGAGCCUGGCGAGGGAGUCCUGCUUCGAGAGUGUCUCCACUGCUUCUGCAAAGAGUGUCUGCGCUCUGUGAUUCUGAUGUCAGAGGAUCCUCAGGUGGCAUGUCCAUACAGAGACGAGGCCUACGCCUGCGAUUGCAUCUUGCAGGAAAGAGAAAUCAGAGCUCUGGUGUCAGUAGACGAUUAUGAGCGCUGGUUGCAGAGGGGUCUGUCUGUUGCAGAGUCUCGAUGUGAGGGCAGUUAUCACUGUGCUACAGCAGAUUGUCCCGGCUGGUGUGUUUAUGAAGAUACUGUCAACACUUUCCACUGCCCAGUGUGCAGAAAACACAACUGCCUGCUCUGCAAGGCCAUUCAUGAAGGGAUGAAUUGUAAGCAGUAUCAGGAUGAUCUAACAGCUCGUGCCAUCAAUGACUCUGCAGCUCGAAGAACCAGAGACCUGCUGAAGACUCUUGUUAAUUCUGGAGAGGCGAUGCAUUGCCCUCAGUGCGGCAUCAUUGUGCAGAAGAAGGAGGGCUGUGACUGGCUUCGCUGUACUGUCUGCCACACUGAGAUCUGCUGGGUCACCAGAGGACCACGCUGGGGGCCCAAAGGUCCUGGAGAUGCAAGUGGAGGCUGCCGCUGCAAUGUCAACAAACAGAGAUGCCAUCCAAAAUGCCAGAACUGUCACUAAAGGGAAGAGCAGAGAGAAAAAAGGAGGUACGAUUAAGAGAGGGAGAGAGAGUAGUGUUAUCUCAUGGCAGUUUAUGACAUUAUGAAAGCUUUUGACAGACAUCAGGGUUGCCAGGUCUGUAUAACAAAACUAGCCUAGUCACAGCCAAAACUAACCUAGUUGCGUUUUAGGUGGUAAAAUCCCUGCUUCCAGGGAGUCCCACCUUGGUCGUAAUCACGUUCCGGGGGGGUGUGGGAUUUCGCGGACUAAAAAAAGCAACAGUCCACGGCAGCAGUAUGAAAGUAGAUCAAUUCAUGGCAACACUGACAGACAUACACUUUGAGUGUGAGCUGACAUAUAUCGUCCACCUGUUUUUAGCUUUCAGUUCAGUUUUCUGAUGCUUUUAACUGAAAUAUGUAAUGUCUGUUGUGCAGCAAAUGUUUCAAUGGUGCAUUUUACAUGAGUAAAUCAUAAAGCAAAUGAAGGCACCGACUGGAAUCCACUUGAAAGCGAACUCCUUCUAAUGGAUGGCUACUGUAUCAGUUCAGUCAGCAUCCUAAUAUUGUGUAAUUAUUUCACAGAAAAGCUUUAAAUUCUCUCAACUGUAUUUUAGUAAAACUGUGAUGUUGGUGGCAUAUCAGAACCUCAAGCAACAGAACACUGAAAAUUCUAUAUAAUCUAAAUCAUAAAACAUUGUGAUUAAAAUAGAUUUUUAAUACAAACAAUGCCACAUGAGAACAUUUUUACGCAUUUUUUAGUCUGUUCAUUAAAAAAUGUAUUUUACCCAUCUGAUCAAAUGAUCCCAGGAGGACAAAAGUAAAGCCAAAGCUGAUCUGAAGCUGCCAAUGAAAAUUAGCAUAAGGGAUGAUUACAAUGCACUUACACAAAUACUUGUGUAUUUGUCUUGUCUUACUCUUAAAGCUAUACUACACUGUUAAGACCUGUUACUGAAAGUGCCUUUUCUUGCCUGGUUUCGUCUACGUCAUGUAACCACUUACAUGAGCAGUCGUUUUGCAGUGUUACAUUAUUACUGUUAUUACUUUAAAUACUGAAUGUUGCAGUUGUUGUAGAUUUGUGAUCCAGGAUAAUUUAUGUGUGCAGCAGUGUUUUCCCUUCACCUUUCCUACCAACCAAGAGACAUUGUAUUUUGUGCGUACGUUGCACAUUUGUUCUGUAAGAUUAACACAAUUCAGUAUACUGCUUUAAGAUUUGAUUUUGUUUGUUUGUAAGUUGGAUGUGAUUAAUAUGUAGCCUAGUUAGUUAGUAUUAUUUUAAUGUUACAUUGCUAUGCUAAUUUAAGUAGAAGUAAUGGUCAAGAGCAGGGACCUGAGGCUUGAGUGGAAAGUCUUCAAGACUGUUAUAAGCCAAAAGACUGAUGUAGCUUUAAAUCUAUGCACUGAAAAAAAUGUCAGCAUCCAACGCAUCUACUUAUGCAUCAAAACGAACAUUUCAAAAAUGUUUCCAUGAGUCAUUAUUCAAUCAAAUAAUUUUCUUUACCUAAGAGUAGUUUUUGUUUUUAAUUUCCAAGCAUUUAUAUAGUCGUGACUGAGAAUCCAGUGGAAUUAUGCAGUAAGCUUGUACAAUUGUCUUGAGAGAGGGGACAUUCAUCCUUUCUCUUGAUGUCAUGAACCUCACUAAUGUUCAAAUAUGUGCACUAUGAAGUUUAAGUAUAGUGUAUUUGCAUGUACCGCAGAAGAAAAUGAAUGACUGAAAAUGGAAAGGUCCCUGCACUUGCAGAAAACGUACACUUUAAUUCAGUCGAAUAAUCUGACCUCAGGGUUGCAAGUCUUAAAAAGUGCCUUACAUAUUACAGUACUGAGCACCUGUAUUGACAAUAUUUAAAGCUGUUAAGAUACUCUCAUUAUUACAUGUUUGGAUGAAUUUAACAUGCUUCACAUUUCGUUCUUAAAAAUAAAAAUAACC